CUCUCCUGAAUCAUAACUUUGAGAUUUUUGUACAUAAAGUUGCAGUUUGAUUGAAUUUAUUGUUUUCGUUGAAACGUUGUAUUGUGUUUGGCAAAGUUGGUAGAUAUUUCCAAAAAUGGCCUUGGUUGACAUCGACACUUGGAUAACUGAGUAUGCUGCUUGUGAACGAUUGAGCCGCGACAUUCAAACACAAAUCGUGUUACGGAAUAAAGAGCCUCGUCUUUCUACCGAAUACUCGAAAAUAUCCAGCGGAAUUCGAUUUAAUUUGAAACAAUUUUUAACCAAUUUGGAUCAACUCAACCAAACAAUACAACAAUCAGCUCAACGAUCAACGAUAACGAGACAAGAAGCAGAACGACGACAACGUCAAGUGGAAACCUUACAAUCGCAGUACAUACAUUUGCAGUCACAGUUCAUGAAUGUGAGUAAUGAUAACAACGAUCGAAAGCAAUUGCUGGGAGAAGAGAAAAAAUCCAAUUCUUAUUGGCAAGAUGAUGAUGAUGAUGAUGAAGAUGAACCGCUGGCUGAUUUUCAACCCACCAGCUUGGGAUCACGUGAACCAACCGUUGAUGAUCUACGCAAGCAGCAAACAAAAAUCAUAGAAAAUCAAAAUGAUGGCUUAGAUGCUCUGUCCAAAGUAAUUUCACGACAGAAGAGCCUCGCCAUUCGUAUCGGCGAUGAAUUCGAUGAACAAAACGAAAUCAUCGAUACCCUCGCAACCACCAUGGACAACACGAAUUCUAGAAUGAAUGGCACCACAAGAAGUGUUGGCGAAGCAUUGGAUCAGGGAUCAACCAAAAGAUAUUGGUUUGUGAUCAUAAUUUUAUUCAUCAUAAAUAUAAUUGUUGCCGUUGUGUAAUCGGUAUGUGCGCAUCGCAAAUUCCAAAGAACAUGAAUGUGUAUAUCAAUUUAUUAAUUUAGUUUCUUCUUUUCUAAGAUUUGUAUGCAAUUCAAUAAAUUUAUUGCCAUGUAAUGUUUAAGAUUUUCUGUACAACCUAUAUUUUUCACAUAAAUAAAAUCGAUAUAUUUUACUAUCAAUUGAA